CUCAUUCAUAAAGUUUAGGCCUGCCUGUUUGUCACACAGUUGAUUUAGUGUGACAGGGAUCAACUGCACUCACAGAACUCAUCUUAGCAUAAGAACUGUCUGUCAGGAUGUUGAACUCAGGAGGUCGGAGGUUAAAGCAGUGGCUGAUGGAGCAGAUCCAAAGUGGGCAGUAUUCCGGCCUGCUGUGGGAAGAUGAAAACCACACUAUGUUCCGAAUUCCAUGGAAACAUGCAGGAAAACAGGAUUACAACCAAGAAGUUGAUGCAUCCAUUUUUAAGGCCUGGGCUGUGUUUAAAGGCAAGUUUAAGGAGGGAGACAAGGCUGAGCCUGCCACAUGGAAGACCAGACUCCGCUGUGCCCUCAACAAAAGUCCUGACUUCGAGGAGGUGGCCGAGCGAUCGCAGCUAGACAUCUCAGACCCCUACAAAGUGUACCGCAUCGUCCCCGAAGAGGAGCAGAAGCAUGGUAAGAGCUUAAUGAUGACCAUCCCAGCAUCCACUAGCUCAAGCGAAAUGAAAGACAUGGAGUGCAGCCCUUCAGAAAUAGAAGAACUCAUUAAAGAGGAGGACAGCAGCAGGAUUCAAAGCAGUCCAGAGUACUGGCCCCACGCCAGCAUAAAUGCUUUGCCAUUAAAUCAGGACCCUUUACCACCAAACAGCCUAACUUCAGCCUUCUCCCAGCUGAUGAUCACUUUCUACUACAGAGGUAUACUGAUGCACAACACCUUCGUCAAUCAUCACGAAGGCUGCCGCAUUUCCCCCCAGCAGCCCCUGGGGCGGGGUGCCCUCUACAGCUCAGACACCAUGCAGACUGUUCAUUUCCCUCCGGCUGAGCUCAUCGAGUCAAGGGAGCAGCGCUUUGUUACCCACAAGCUCUUGGGCCACAUUGAGAGAGGCAUCCUGGUGCGUGCCAACCAGGAAGGGAUCUUCAUCAAGAGGCUGUGCCAGAGUCGGGUCUUCUGGUGCGGGAUGGGAGAUGUGGGCCAGUACAGCUCCGUCCCCUGCAAACUGGAGAGGGAUGCUGUGGUGAAGAUUUUCGACACCGCAAAGUUCUUCCAAGCUCUGCAGUUCUAUCAGGAGGGUCAGAUUCCUGCUCCAGAUCCAACAGUGACUCUGUGCUUUGGGGAAGAGUUCAGUGACUUUAACAGUGCCAGGAAAAAGCUCAUCAUUGUGCAGAUCACUAUGGUGAGCUGCCAGCAGAUGCUGGAGGCAAUAAAUGCUCACCGCUCUCAGGCCUUCUGCAACAACCAAAACCUGGAGCCGCGCGAUGAUGUCGCCACCGAGCAGAUGGCGCGCAUCUACCAGGACUUGUGCAACUACAACGUUCCCCAGAGGUCACCAUGCUACAGGGAAAACAUGCCCAUCACCGCCUGACCCCGAAAAACCAGCGGGACCCCCCCAGAAUGAGCUCCACCCCCAAAAAACUACCGUACAUAUCAGGGAUAUUCCAUACUCUUCUGACACAUGAUGAAGAGGUGAAUGAGCACGCAUGAAGACAAGGAAACACACGUCCUUCUCUGCUGUUUCCAAGCUGAAGCUCAGUGUAAAAGAAAAACUGUCUGUCUUGUAAACAUAGCUACCAAAACUGUCCUUACCCUCUGCUUGAUUCCUAAAAACAGGGUUCAUAUAUUACAUUUUUUUUAAAUGUUUGGAUUCUGACAGCAGUUUUCUAGGUGAGUUCCUUAAAACUAGAUUUUACUUUGUCAACAUUUUUUUUGUACAGAUUUUCAGAUGAGUUGCCAUUUUGCAUGACGGUCAUCUUAGUCCAAAGCUCAAAGACAUCCAAGAUAUUUUUAUAUGAGAAAAAGUGAAAUAUUCAAUGCAAUAUGGCAUUAAUGUACAGAUAGGUUUUACUAUCAACUACUGUUUAGAUUAUUCUCUUCAUGUUUUUUUAAACUGAUUUUCAAAUAAAGUUUUUUAA